AUCAGGAACUCAAACUUAUCUCGAUUAGGUAGCCUUUAACUCAGUGUUUAAUAAGGAUAAUGAAGGCUUAAAGGUUCCUAGUUCUACAAGGAUUGGAAUAGAUUAGUUCUAUCGCAUGAAGGAUAUCUCUAAGUGUUUCCUGAUGGGCAGGACACUUAGAGAGAUGCAUAUAUAUAGAAGGCUCCCUCCUAGAUCCGAAAUACACAACACAGCUAAACAGAAAUUCACCCAUCAGAGUUAUAGCUAUAAGGAUCGGAUUCUCAGGAGAAGAACUUCUAUACCUUGCGCUGCAAAUCUGUUCCAGCAUCAUCCAAUCUGCGCCAGCACCAUGUCAGACUCAGUCAAUCAUAACUCCAUUCGAACUCUCACUGGCUCAAAUUAUAAGAAAUGGAGAGAAGAUGUGGAAAUUGCUCUUGGACUUCUGGAUUAUGAGAUGGUUCUUACUGAUGAAGCUCUAUCAGUACCUGCGAAUGAUGCAUCUGCUGAGACUAAGGCUAAAUAUGCAAAGUGGAUUAAGGCCAACAAAAUGGCAAUUCUGAUCAUGAGGAGGUCUAUUUCAGAAGAGGUCAGAGGCAGUAUUAUUGAAACUGAGAGUGCUAAGCUAUUCAUGGAAGCUAUUGCAGAAAACUUCCAAGGCUCCAAGAAAGCUGAAAUUGGCACACUCAUGAGCCAGCUGACAGAUAUGAAAUACAAUGGAGAAGGCUGCAUAAGAACUCAUAUUCUGAACAUGGUUGAGAUAGGAAACAAGUUGAAGGCUCUAAAAGUCAAUGUGGAUGAAACCAUGAUGGAAGAACAAAGUAUAAGAAAGGACAAAGGCAAAGAUCAAGUGUGUUUUGUGCAGGAUACUAAGUUUAAACAAAAGGAAUGGACCAAAAACAAGAACACAGAUAAGCAGCAAAAGAAAGAUGAGUCUGCAAAGGGCACGGGUCCAGUAGGUUUGAAGUGUUUCUUCUGCAAGAAAUUUGGACAUUUAAAGAGAGAUUGCAGAAGAUACAAGCGCUGGUUGGACAAACAAAAGGGAAAAGGGAUUCAAAACAAAGAGGGUGCCAAACAAGGAUGACUUGAAGGUGUUCGUGGGAAAUGGAGAAAGAGUUAGAGUAGAUUUUGUUGGUUUAGCUAGUCUUGAGUUGGAGUCAGGUUUCAUUUUGGAAUUAGUUGAUGUCGUUUAUGUUCCUUCUAUGACAAGGAAUCUGUUAUCAGUUAGCAAGCUUGUAAAAUCAAACUUACAGUUUGAGUUUGAUGAGUCUGGUUUCUCCAUUUUCAGAAAUAAAAGUUUUAUUGGUAAUGGAUUAUUGAUA